GUUUUCCAGCGUCGUCACUUGUUUCCUACAGAUUUCGUGGCCAUGGCUGAGCUACGACAACCCCGCCCUAACAGCGAAGAUCCUGUACGCCUCAGCACACGGACUUCCCCUGCCACAAUCACUCAACCCGGACGGCGACUUCGUCCCUCCCGACUGGGCAGUGCGGAUAAAUGUGGCGUGGAUGAUAUCGCUCGUCCUUUCCCUGGUAGUAGCGACGUUCGCAAUGCUCUCUAAGGCGUGGAUCCGCGAGUACAUGCGCAUCCUCCCUGCAGCACCGUACGACCAAGCGCACCACAGGCAGUUCCGGCUCGAGGGAAUCCGCCAGUGGCGCAUGGGGAGUAUAAUGGAAAUCCUUCCCCUGCUGCUGCACCUCUCUUUCGUCCUCUUCUGCUGGGGACUGAUUGAGAUGUCCGCACACGCCAACUCACGCAUGCUGUUUAUCGUCACAACCUGCACGUGUGUAUUGGCUCUCGGCUUGUAUACCCUCUUUUGUAUUCUCCCGCUGUUCGAUCCACGCUGCCCCUUCCGCACCCCAUGGGCGGCGCUCUUC